AUGCUAAAACAUCUUAUCUAUCUCUGCAUCUCCAUUUUCCCCUUAUCUCUCGCCGGUAGAGAAUGCGUUUGGGUACUUGGAAAAGUCGAAUGUCAAAGUGAUCCGACCAAGAAUCUCAAUGUGGAGGUUCGUGUCUGGGAUCGAGAUGGACCGGGACCACUUCAAAUGAUUGAUCCAGAUGAUUUGAUGGGGGUUACAUUCUCGAAUGACGAUGGACGGUUCCAAUUGGAUGGGUGUGGGGAUGACUUCGAUUGGAUUCCAGGAAUCAAGAAUGUUCCAGAACCAUACAUUGAGAUCCGUCACUACUGUAACAGCGAAAAAGGAGACAUCUUCCAACUCCCAGAAUUCAGCACCUUCGUUCCAAACACCUACGACAUCGGAACAAUCGUUUUAGACAAAGAGACGCGUGGAACCAAAACCACCCAAAAAACUGAUCCUACUCAAUAA